GGAAACAGGCCCGGGCUUCCUCCAAGCCCAGCGCACUGCCAAUGCCACAGGAGGGAGUCUCCAGGCAGCAGGCCGGGUGGUCAUCUCCCCUUUGGAGGCUCUUCCUCCCUGCUCAAGGCCUGCGGUGAUUGAGAAGUUCUUUUGCCAAGAAAAUGGUUGGUUUGAUCUUGGACGAAUACUGUCCAUGCUGAUGGGACAGGAUCCAAUAUGAAUAUAAGUGAUGGAGGAAGACGACGCUUUGAGGAUAAUGAACAUACAUUACGAAUAUAUCCUGGGACAAUUUCAGAAGGGACAAUCUACUGUCCAGUCCCUGCCAGAAAAAACUCCACAGCUGCUGAGGUGAUUGACUCUCUAAUAAACAGACUUAAUCUAGACAAAACAAAAUGUUAUGUCUUAGCAGAGGUAAAGGAAUUUGGUGGAGAGGAAUGGAUACUCAAUCCAACGGACUGUCCAGUUCAGCGGAUGAUGUUGUGGCCACGGAUGGCUCUGGAAAAUCGCUCAAGUGGAGAGGACUACCGUUUUCUUCUGAGAGAAAAAAACCUUGAUGGAUCCAUUCAUUAUGGGAGCCUUCAGUCAUGGCUACGGGUAACAGAAGAACGUCGCAGGAUGAUGGAACGGGGUUUUCUUCCACAACCUCAGCAGAAAGACUUUGAUGAUUUAUGUAGCCUACCCAAUUUGAAUGAGAAAACACUCCUAGAAAAUCUACGAAAUCGCUUUAAGCACGAGAAAAUUUAUACCUAUGUUGGCAGUAUUCUAAUAGUUAUUAACCCAUUCAAAUUUCUUCCUAUUUAUAACCCCAAAUAUGUCAAAAUGUAUGAUAACCAUCAGCUGGGAAAACUUGAGCCACAUAUAUAUGCUGUGGCUGAUGUAGCUUACCAUGCUAUGCUCCAGCGCAAAAAGAAUCAGUGCAUUGUGAUUUCAGGAGAGAGUGGUUCUGGGAAGACUCAGAGCACAAAUUUUCUUAUUCACCACCUUACUGCCCUCAGUCAGAAAGGAUUUGCCAGUGGAGUAGAACAAAUUAUUCUUGGAGCUGGACCAGUACUUGAGGCCUUUGGCAAUGCAAAGACUGCUCAUAAUAACAAUUCAAGUCGUUUUGGCAAGUUUAUUCAAGUGAAUUACCAGGAAACAGGCACUGUACUUGGUGCCUAUGUUGAAAAAUAUCUACUGGAGAAGUCCAGACUUGUUUAUCAAGAACAUAAUGAACGGAAUUACCAUGUAUUCUAUUACCUCCUGGCAGGAGCAAGUGAAGAAGAGAGGUUAGCAUUCCACCUGAAACAACCAGAGGAGUAUCAUUACCUCAAUCAGAUAACAAAGAAACCCCUCAGACAGAGCUGGGAUGAUUAUUGCUAUGACUCUGAGCCGGAUUGCUUCACAGUGGAAGGAGAAGAUUUGAGGCAUGAUUUCGAACGCUUACAAUUGGCUAUGGAAAUGGUAGGAUUUCUGCCCAAGACACGAAGACAGAUUUUCUCUCUCCUCUCAGCUAUAUUACAUUUGGGUAAUAUCUGUUAUAAAAAGAAGACAUACCGCGAUGACUCUAUUGAUAUCUGUAAUCCUGAAGUUCUGCCCAUUGUCUCAGCAUUACUAGAAGUUAAAGAAGAGAUGCUAUUUGAAUCAUUAGUUACAAGGAAGACGGUGACAGUGGGAGAAAAGCUCAUUUUACCAUAUAAGCUGGCAGAGGCUGUGACAGUGAGGAACUCCAUGGCUAAGUCCCUUUAUAGUGCCCUGUUUGACUGGAUUGUUUUUCGAAUUAAUCAUGCACUUUUGAAUAGUAAGGAUUUGGAGCACAAUACCAAGACUUUGUCCAUUGGUGUUCUUGAUAUUUUUGGGUUUGAAGAUUAUGAAAAUAAUAGCUUUGAACAGUUCUGUAUUAAUUUUGCUAAUGAACGUUUGCAGCACUACUUUAAUCAGCAUAUUUUUAAGUUGGAGCAAGAAGAAUAUAGAACUGAAGGAAUCAGCUGGCACAACAUAGAUUAUAUUGAUAAUUCUUGUUGCAUAAAUCUUAUUAGCAAAAAACCAACAGGACUACUCCAUCUUCUAGAUGAAGAAAGCAACUUUCCACAGGCUACAAAUCAAACAUUACUAGACAAGUUUAAGCAUCAACAUGAAGAAAAUUCUUACAUUGAAUUUCCAGCUGUGAUGGAGCCUGCUUUCAUCAUAAAACAUUAUGCUGGAAAAGUAAAAUAUGGGGUAAAGGAUUUCCGGGAAAAAAAUACAGAUCAUAUGCGGCCAGACAUUGUAGCUCUUCUGAGAAGUAGCAAGAAUGCAUUUAUCUCUGGGAUGAUUGGAAUUGAUCCUGUGGCUGUUUUCCGGUGGGCAGUUCUCCGAGCCUUUUUCAGAGCUAUGGUUGCUUUCAGGGAAGCUGGAAAAAGACAUAUUCAGAGAAAAACUGGACAUGAUGAUACAGCGCCAUGUGCAAUUUUGAAAAAUAUGGAUAGUUUUAGCUUUCUCCAACACCCAGUCCACCAGAGGAGCUUAGAGAUUCUGCAGAGGUGCAAGGAAGAGAAGUACAGUAUAACCCGGAAAAAUCCCCGAACACCUCUUUCUGAUCUCCAGGGCAUGAAUACUCUAAAUGAAAAAAACCAGCAUGAUACAUUUGAUAUUUCCUGGAAUGUCAGAGCUGGGAUUCGUCAGAGCAGGCUACCAGCUAACACCUCCUUGCUCGAUAAAGAUGGGAUCUUUGCUAAUUCAGCUAGCAGCAGACUUCUGGAAAGAGCCCAUGGAAUCCUCAUGAGAAACAAAAACUUCAAAUCCAAGCCUGCCCUUCCAAAGCACUUGCUAGAUGUAAAUUCUUUGAAGCAUCUGACAAGACUGACCCUGCAGGAUCGUAUUACCAAGUCUCUUCUUCAUUUGCACAAGAAGAAGAAACCUCCCAGCAUCAGUGCCCAGUUUCAGGCAUCAUUAAGCAAGCUGAUGGAGACACUAGGUCAAGCAGAACCGUAUUUUGUGAAAUGUAUUCGUUCCAAUGCUGAAAAGCUGCCCUUAAGAUUCAAUGAUGCCUUGGUGCUCAGACAGCUCCGGUACACAGGAAUGCUGGAGACAGUCCGGAUUCGCCAGUCAGGAUACAGCUGCAAAUACUCUUUUCAGGAUUUUGUGAGCCACUUUCAUGUACUUCUUCCCCCAAAAAUUAUUCCAUCCAAAUUUAACAUUCAGGAUUUCUUCCGGAAAAUAAAUCUUAAUCCAAGUAAUUACCAAGUUGGAAAAACCAUGAUCUUCCUAAAGGAGCAGGAACGACAGCACUUACAAGAUCUGCUUCACCAAGAGGUGCUCCGUAGAAUCAUGUUGUUGCAGCGAUGGUUCCGGGUGUUGCUGUGUAGACAGCAUUUCCUCCAUCUGAGACAGGCAGCUAUUGCUAUCCAGAGAUGCUGGAGGAAUUACAUAAAUCAGAAGCAAAUCAGAGCUGCAGCUGUACAGAAGGGUGCUUUUGUCAUGGCUAGUGCAGCUACUCUCCUACAAGCUUCCUGGCGUGCUCACUUAGAGAGACAGAGGUACUUGGAACUACGGGCUGCAGCCAUCGUCAUCCAGCAGAGAUGGAGGAAGCUCUGUAGGCACAGGCACAUGGCUGCUACCUGCAUACAGGCAAGAUGGAAAGGCUACAGGGAAAGUAAGCGGUAUCAAGAGCAAAGGAAUGCAGUUAUCCUUUUGCAGUCAACGUGUAGAGGAUUCACGGCAAGACAAAGAUUUAAAGCUUUAAAAGAACAGAAGCUAAGAGAGACAAAACCAGAACAUGGAUUAAUGAAUAUCAAGGCAUUUGGAGCUCUGGAAGUUCAAGGUUCAGAUCCUUCAGAAUGGGAGGAUUGUUCCUUUGACAACAGAGUGAAAGCCAUAGAGGAAAGUAAAUCUGUGAUAGACAGUAAUCGAAUUGGCCUUGACAGUUCAGUGGAUGGCUCAGAAGAGAGUCUAGCCAAGAGGCAGGAGAGAGCCAGAAGUCAAAGUGGUAUGAACUUACAGCAAGAGGUAAUUGUCAGAGAAAGACCCAAGUCAUUGGAGGAUCUCCAUCAGAAAAAAGUAGGCCGGGCCAAAAGAGAAAGCCGGAGAAUGAGAGAGCUAGAGCAAGCUAUAUUUAGCUUGGAAUUGCUGAAAGUUCGUUCACUUGGUGGUAUGUCUCCUUCAGAGGAACGAAGAUGGUCUACAGAACUGAUGCCUGAAGGUCUCCAGUCUCCACAAGGUACCCCUGAUAGUGAAAGCUCUCAAGGAAGCUUGGAACUUCUAAGCUGUGAGGACAGCCAGAAGAGCAAGCUAGAGUCCAUAAUUUUAGAUGAAGGAUACUUGCCGGUUCCAUCACCAAAGAUACCUUGCAGUCCAAAAUCUGAUUCACAGGACAAUGCCCUCAGUACCUCAAGUGAGACCAGCUCUGUGUGGAUUCAGAAGGGAUCAUCCCCUGAAUCAGAGCCCUUGAAGAAUGGGACUGUGCAGGAAAAGCAGUUCUGCGGUUCUGAACCUAUCACCUGUAAGCCACAGUGGAGAGAUUCUUCCAUGUCAAAUAGUUUGCCUACAUUUUUUUAUAUUCCCCAUCAAGAUGCAUUGAAACAGCUAGACACGAAUAUCCAAAGAAACAAGAAUUUGGAGCAUGACCAUACAUUGAGGACAGCACAUACUUUGGAUUUCAGCAGAGAAGCUAGGAAGUCCCACUUCUCAGGAGACCAAGUGGUUCCUUCUUUGAGUAUGGAUUCUUCUAAUAAUGUGCUUAAGAAAUUAGAAAAACUGAACACGGAGAAGGAAAAAAGGCAAAAGCAGUUGCAGCAGCAAAAUGAAAAAGAGAUGAUGGAACAGAUUCGACAGCAAACAGAUAUUCUAGAAAAGGAGCGUAAAGCCUUCAAAACAAUUGAAAAGCCAAGAGCUGCAGAGUCUUUCCUUACACCACCAUUCUGUCAAUCAAAGCCAAGAGCAGAGAGACCAUCCUCUCUGUUUAUCCCAAGUAUCCCAGAUGAGGGAGAAUCCAGUGGACUAGGAACAGCCCCAUCAGUAACCGUAAAAGAUGCAGCUUUUGCCCCUAAAGACAGCCCCUCUGCUCAUUUACCCCUGAAGGACCGACCUGUCACCCUUUUCUUUGAAAGGAGAGGAAACCCAUACCAGUCUAGUACUGUCAAGGAAGUAUCCAAGACAGAAAGAAUGGGCACCCAGCGUGAUAUUGCCUGUAAACUCUCUAAUAAUCACAUUUCAAAAAGAGAACAUCUUACACCAGGUCGGCCCUACAGCCACAAGUCUGAAGACCCUUCUAGAGAGGAAAGUACAAGGACCAUAUUCUUCACAUCAAAGGACAGUAGAAGUAUUCCUGUUGUCAACAAGGAAGCCUUAAGCAGUAGAAAUCCUCAAGUCCAUAAACAAGAUGAACCAGCUUGGAAACCUGUGAAGGUAGCUGGGCCAGGCCAGAGAGAGCAGGUUGCCAGACCGGCCCAUAAAAAGAAAGCUCGAAUGGCGCGGACGCGCUCCGAUUUCUUGACUAGAGGUACUUUUGCCGAUGGGGAGGGGGACACAGAGGAAGAUGAUUACGAUGACAUAAUUGAGCCCCAUCUCUCCCUUGACCAAGCCUCUCACUCUGAGCUAGGGUCUGCAUCCAGCCUGGGUCAGGCCUCUCACAGUGACUCCGAAAUGACAUCACAGAGAUUUUCAUCAGUUGAUGAACAGACAAAGAUUCACAAAACUAUGUCUCAAGGAGAGAUUACAAAGUUGGUGGUGAGACAGAAGUCUUCAGAUUCGGAUAUAAGGCCUCAGAGAGCUAAGAUGAGAUUCUGGGCCAAAGGCAAACAAGGAGACAAGAAGACUACGAGAAUAAAACCUGCCACCCAGUCAGAGGUUUUGGCACUCUUUGCUGGCUCAGAUAUGAUUCCAGCUCAUCAGUUUCCGGAGGAAUUAGCUCAAUAUCAGCCAACACCUCCCUUGAGUCCAGAAUUGCCUGGCAGUUGCCAGAAGGAGUUCAAAGAGAACAAAGAACCUUCUCCAAAAGUGAGGUGUAAACGAAGUGUGAAGAUCAGCAAUGUGGCAGUAGAUUCCAUGCAUUGGCAAAAUGACUCGGUCCAAAUCAUUGCAAGUGCCAGUGAUUUAAAAAGCAUGGAUGAAUUUCUUCUGAAAAAGAUGAAUGAUCUAGAUAAUGAGGACAGCAAGAAGGAUACACUAGUAGAUGUUGUAUUUAAAAAGGCCCUGAAAGAAUUUCGGCAGAAUAUCUUUAGCUUUUAUUCAUCUGCAUUGGCGAUGGAUGAUGGGAAAAGCAUACGGUAUAAAGACCUCUAUGCACUGUUUGAGCAGAUUCUGGAAAAGACCAUGAGGCUUGAGCAGCGUGAUUGGAGUGAAUCUCCAGUGAGAGUUUGGGUCAACACUUUUAAAGUGUUUUUAGAUGAAUACAUGAAUGAAUUCAAGUCUUCUGAUAGCAUAGCCACAAAGGUGCCAAAAACAGAAAGAAAGAAAAGAAGGAAAAAAGAAACUGAUUUGGUGGAAGAACACAAUGGUCAUGUCUUUAAGGCCACCCAAUACAGCAUCCCUACAUACUGUGAAUAUUGUUCUUCUUUGAUAUGGAUAAUGGACCGAGCCUCAGUUUGCAAAUUAUGUAAGUAUGCUUGCCAUAAGAAGUGCUGUCUGAAAACCACAGCCAAGUGCUCUAAAAAGUAUGAUCCAGAGCUGUCACCUCGACAAUUUGGGGUUGAACUGUCCCGUUUGACAAGUGAAGACCGAACCGUUCCUUUAGUGGUGGAAAAGCUCAUAAACUACAUUGAAAUGCAUGGCCUUUAUACAGAAGGUAUUUACCGAAAAUCUGGCUCAACUAAUAAAAUCAAGGAGCUUCGACAAGGUCUGGAUACAGAUGCUGAGAGUGUAAACCUAGAUGAUUACAACAUUCACGUCAUCGCAAGUGUAUUCAAACAAUGGCUUCGAGAUUUGCCCAAUCCACUCAUGACUUUUGAACUCUAUGAGGAAUUUCUUCGAGCUAUGGGCCUUCAGGAGAGGAAGGAGACAAUCCGUGGGGUAUACUCUGUGAUCGAUCAACUCUCCCGAACUCACCUCAAUACACUUGAACGCCUCAUCUUUCACCUCGUCAGGAUUGCUCUACAGGAAGACAUUAAUCGAAUGUCUGCUAAUGCUUUGGCCAUUGUGUUUGCACCGUGCAUUCUCCGCUGCCCAGACACAACUGACCCACUACAGAGUGUCCAGGACAUCAGUAAGACUACCACCUGUGUGGAGCUGAUUGUUGUGGAGCAAAUGAAUAAAUACAAGGCUCGACUCAAAGACAUCAGUAGCCUGGAAUUUGCUGAGAAUAAGGCAAAGACCAGGCUCUCACUGAUUCGUAGAUCAAUGAAACCUGUACUAAUUGCAGUUAGAUUUAUGAGCAUAACCCGCAAUUCGGUCUCGGGAAAGGGUCGUAUCCGUCGAGGAAACCAUCCAAGUCCAUCCUCUCCUGUUGUAGUUCGUUUGCCUUCAGUGUCUGAUGUCCCAGAAGAGAGCUUGGGUAGCGAGGCCACCUUGGAGACCAAUAUCACGGAACAGCAGCAAGCAGCCAUGCAGCAGGAGGAAAGAGUACUGACUGAGCAGAUUGAGAACCUGCAGAAAGAGAAGGAGGAGCUAACAUUUGAGAUGCUAGUACUGGAACCCCGUGCCUCUGAUGAUGAAGCCCUCGAGUCUGAGGCCUCCAUUGGGACUGCUGAUAGCUCAGAAAAUUUGAAUAUGGAGGCUGAGGGGACUAUACCCGAGAGGUCAGAGAGAAGCUUAGGCCUCAGCUCCCUGAAGGCAGCUGCUAAGUCUGAACCUUCAGGAAAAUUGGGAAAGCAGCUCAAAAAGCAGCAGGACUCUUUGGAUUUUGUGGACUCCACGUGUCUAUCCAACACUGCAUCGUCUCAUGGCACCAGAAAACGCUUUCAGAUUUAUUCCAAAUCUCCAUUCUACCGAGCUGCCUCUGCCAGUGAAGCCCCAGGAAUGGAAGGACCAUUGGGCCAGGCAAAAGCCCCGGUGGAAGACAAGCCUCAGUUUAUCAGCAGAGGGACCUUCAACCCUGAAAAGGGCAAACAGAAACUAAAGAAUGUGCGAAACUCGCCUCAGAAAACCAAAGAGACCCUAGAGGGGACAGUUGUGUCUGGCCGCAGGAAAGCUGUGGACCCAGACUGCACCUCUGCCCAGCAGCUGGCUCUCUUUGGAAAUAACGAGUUCAUGGUCUGAACUGGCAGAUGUGUGUGCCCUGUGGCUGGAGCGGUAAGCACACAUUGCCUCUCUGAGGCCUCAUCACCAUGCCACAGUAGUCCCAGUUGUGGCCUUGCUUCCAGGCUCAGCAUGCAGUUGCAACCUGUGUGCUGAGUUCCUGGGCCUCAGUGGAAGUAGAAAAGCCUCCGAAGCUUGCUGGGAAGGGUGCCAGCUGUGCCUUGGCUGCUGUUUUAAAUCGAGAUUUCACUAAACAAAGCCACAGGCCUGGGGUUUUGGUCAGUGGUAGUUGCUCCCACCUUUCUUUCACUCCUUGGAGAUAAUAGUUGACCUACUGGGGGAUAUUGUGGACCUGAAGGACCCUCUGAUUUCCAACAUUGGAAGAAAACAUAUAAACCUUUCUUAACCAUGACAGCGAAAGGCCUGCAGCUUUGAGAUUAAGAGCCAGGGUAGAAUAUAAUUUUUUCCCACGGAUUCAUAAACAGAAAGCCUAAAACUCUCUAUUUAAAAAUAUUUGAAAAACACUCCAUAUUAUAUCUGGGGAAAGUGAAAAAGCUAUUUCCAUGAAGCCAUCAGAGCAUGUAUGACACACCUGGUUGUACGAUGAAGACAAGAGUACAUGCUUUGUUUUUGAUAUUUGAGGUCAAAAUAAUCAAUGCUGGUUUAACUCCUGAUUAGUUCCUGUUAAAUCUAUUGCAUGGAAUGAGGUUACAGUAGCUAUACUCUUCUCAUGUUCCCUGAUCCUAAGAUCAGAUUCUUCUGUUUUUUGUUCUUUUUUUUAAUGUCCUAGAGACAUUCAAGAGAUCCCUAAACAUGAAGAUUUCAUCCUAAUCCAUCCAGGAAUUUCUCUUUGCAUAGAUUUAAGCUGAAAACCACACAUGAGCCGAUCCCCACCAUGGACCCAGAUAAAUAAUGUGACCAUUUUAUCACUUGCUCCCCAAAACACAAUACUGCAUGAAUAAGUGUUAUAGAAAGCUGCCAAAAUAUCAAAGGUUUUAGUAUGACCCAUCUAACUUUUACUUUCCCUCAGACUAUCAGUAUUAAAUAGAAGAAAAAAAAAAUCAAGGACUACUUGAAGGUAUUUUUGUUAAUAUACUGGUUACUGAAGUUUACUGUAAAUAUGUGUAUAGUAUGUCUAUUUCUUUGUAACCUUGUGCUUCCCAGGGAAUUUCUUUCUCAGAUUAGGGGCUGUUGGAUAGGGAGUCAGCCACUCCUCACAUCCCUGGAUUGAAGAAAGGUAUGACCAUCUUUUUAUCACUUGUGGUCUCUACACUAUGUUAUCACAACAUUUGAAGCAUCUUGCCAU